AUGUGGUAUCAUUAUCAGCUAGAAUUCAGUGAAUUGAAAAUUUGGGUAUUGAUUCUGCAACUUGAUGUAAUUGAUUGUCGUUGUCAUGAUUGAACUUUUUAUUUUUAUUUUUAUUUUUUUUCUUUCUUUGGGGAAAUAACAUGAUUAAACUUUAAAAUAAAUAAUUCAACUCAAUUUCAUUAACCCAACUCUUUUAUCCGAAUUGACACCUAAAUAUGCGUUGCGAGUGUUGCGACUUGUGAGUGCACUUUCCACAAAUUAAAGACAUCGAUAAAUCGAUAAUGAAUUGAUGAUAAUGUCUUUUGCCUCUUUGGGGAUGCCCUACUAGCAGAGCAGUACACUUAUCAUACCACAAACUAAAUUACAAAUGCAGGUGCUCUCAAUUUCAGCUUGUUGCACCAUUCCUUCUUCCCCAACAACCAAUGUCUCCAAAUGCUUAAGUCGUAGAGACCUUUUCUUCAAUGGCGUCUCCUCCGCUUAUUCCCACUCUUCUUCUUCCCAAAGAAUUGAUGAUUGUGGUAGUAAUAAUUUAGUUAAUGAUGAAAUUCGGUCCAAUUUUCCCUUUUCAACUAGGCGGGCUUUGAUUCGGAGUUUGGGAUUUUGUUCUUGUUAUUACUUUUCUACCUACUUUCCAGUAUUUGCACUAGGGGAUCCAUCUGUCACAAUUGAAGAAGUAACACCUUCAGUUUCCCCUUCUGGGCCUCUAUUACCUGCUGAGGAAAGAGUUGUUCAGCUAUUCGAGAAGAAUACGUACUCUGUGGUGAACAUCUUUGAUGUAACAUUGCGUCCCCAGCUCAAUAUUACAGGUGUGGUUGAGGUUCCUGAAGGAAACGGUUCAGGAGUAGUUUGGGAUGGACAGGGCCACAUUGUCACAAACUAUCAUGUGAUAGGUAACUCGCUUUCAAAAAAUCCUAGCCCAGGAGAUGUUGUUGCACGUAUUAAUGUCUUAGCUUCUGAUGGGGUUCAAAAGAGCUUUGAGGGUAGGUUGAUUGGAGUUGAUCGUGCAAAGGAUCUUGCUGUCUUGAAGGUAGAAGCAGCUGCAGACCUGCUGAAACCCAUUAAUGUGGGGCCAUCAUCCUCCCUUAAAGUUGGUCAACAGUGUUUGGCAAUUGGAAAUCCUUUUGGUUUUGAUCACACUCUCACUGUUGGUGUUAUAAGUGGAUUGAAUCGUGAUAUCUUUAGUCAGACCGGAGUUACAAUUGGUGGAGGUAUCCAAACAGAUGCAGCAAUUAAUCCUGGGAAUAGUGGAGGACCUCUGCUAGAUUCAAAGGGCAAUUUGAUUGGGAUAAAUACAGCUAUAUUUACUCAGACUGGUACAUCAGCUGGGGUGGGGUUUGCUAUUCCUUCUUCAACUUUACUCAAGAUAAUACCUCAGUUAAUUCAGCUUGGCAAAGUUGUUCGAGCUGGUCUAAACAUUGAGAUUGCUCCAGAUUUGGUAGCAAGUCAGCUAAACGUUCGGAAUGGAGCUCUUGUGUUGCAGGUUCCGGUGAAUAGUAUAGCAGCAAAGGCAGGACUACGUUCCACCACAAGGGGCUUUGCUGGGAAAAUUAUUCUGGGAGAUAUAAUUGCUGCGGUGGACAAUAAGCCUGUAAGAAGUAAAGCUGAUUUAGUGAGAGUACUGGAUGACUACAAUAUUGGAGAUGAAGUGAUCUUGAAGAUUGUAAGGGAUAGUGAAACCUUAGAGGUGCCACUUAAAUUGGAGGAAACAAACUCUUGAAUUAGUAAAUAUAUUCCUUUUUUUUUUUCUUUUUUUUUUUUUUUUUUUCCUUAUGGCAUUGGGAGUUUAGAUUGAGUUGUAAACCUUAUGAAUAAUGUAAAUUAUAUGAAUCUAUUGAUACUUCCUCUGUUUUCUUUCUUA